AUGUCGAUGUACCCAACCUCCACGAAGUCCUUGCGCGCGUGCAUGAUCUGCAGCAUCGUGCUCCCAAACACGACCUUCGUAAACCAAGGCUGCCCAAACUGCGAGCACUUCCUCGAACUUCAAGGUUCAUCCGAAGCCGUUCAUGAAAACACAUCGUCCGUAUACGAGGGCCUGAUCACGCUGGCUGACCCGACGACGAGCUGGGUUGCGAAGUGGCAGCGGCUGGAUAGUUAUGUGGCGGGCAUAUAUGCUACAAAGGUUGAGGGCAUUUUGCCCCCAGAUUCGAAAGCAGCAGCAGCGAGGGCAGGUGUACAGUAUAUACCGCGCGACGGAAGCGCAACGGAAGAUAGUGGCGAAGUUGAUGAAGAUUGA